CACCAUUAAUUUUACUCAUCCCAAUGCUUUGAUUCGUUGAACAUAAUAUUCUAACAUUAUCAGAGACUGGAUUGAGGAAUUUAAUUCAUGUGGUGAAAAAACCAAAAUGCAUACUUGUACCAAAACUUAGCGGCAAGUCGUACCAAAUUAGAACAAAAAUUAUAUAUACCACUAAACACUAAUACUCAUUUUGAACUUCUGCUUGGCACUAAUCCGCCAUUAAAACAUAGAAAGAAAGUUAACAAAAGGAACAUUGUAACACAGCAUUCUUGGUUUUCAUUUCUCCUAUAUCUUUCUAGAAAUUAGAAAGAUAUGGAAAUAGCAAACAUGAGAGAAGUAGAAGAAGAACUACUACCAAAGUCUACACUUGCUAUUCCCAUCAGUGGCUCAUUACCGCAAAAUGAAUCUUCAGUCACUCCUGCUGUUGUUUUCAGCACCAUAAUUGCCAUUUGUGGUUCUUUUGGUAGUGGUUGUGCUACAGGAUAUUCAUCACCUGCUGAGUCUGGAAUCAGGGAAGAUUUGGGCAUGUCCGUAGCCGCAUACUCCGUUUUUGGUUCUGUAAUUACAGCUGGAGGAGUGAUGGGUUCAUUAGUGAGUGGAAAGAUGGCAGAUGUUAUUGGUAGAAGAUCUACUAUGUGGGUUUCUGAACUUUUCUUCAUCAUUGGGUGGUUUGCAAUAGUUAGUGGACAGGCUGCUUGGUUGCUGGAUCUUGGAAGACUUUUGAUGGGUAUCGGAGUAGGGAUUAUUGGUUUUGUGGUACCAGUAUAUAUUACAGAAAUAACACCAAAGAAUGUUCGUGGAGCAUUUGCUGCUACCAACCAGUUCAUGAUAUGCUGUGGAAUUUCACUAGCAUUUUUCAUUGGAACUGUCGUUUCCUGGCGCACAUUGGCUCUAAUUUGUGCUGCACCAUGCGCUCUGCAUGCUGUGGGUGUAUUUUUCAUUCCAGAGUCUCCUAGAUGGCUGGCGAAGAUUGGUCGAGUGAAAGAGGUAGAAGUGAUUCUGCAGCGCCUCAGAGGAAAGAAGGCUGAUGUUUCACAGGAAGCAGCUAGCAUUAUAGACUAUACUGACACCUUUCAGGGUCACUCAAAAGCUGGACUCUUAGACUUGUUUCAGUGGAGAUAUGCUCAUGCCCUCACUGCAGGAAUUGGGAUAAUGGCAUUUCAACAAUUUGGAGGGACCAAUGCGAUUGCAUUUUAUGCCAGCUCCAUUUUUGAAGAGGCUGAUUUUUCAAGUAGCGUUGGACUAAUAUCAAUGGCUAUUAUCCAGAUUCCAGCUGUUGCUAUUUCCGUGCUUUUAACAGACAAAGCUGGACGAAGGCCGCUUCUCAUGGUUUCAGCCUCUGGGAUGUGCUUGAGCUGCCUCAUUAUUGGACUGGCAUUCUGUUUGCAGGGCUUGGACAAGGCAAAGGAGAUUACUCCAAUUCUCGUGUACAUAGGCAUUAUGGGAUUUAGCAUAAGUUUUCCAUUUGGCAUGGCAGGAAUCCCAUGGAUAAUCAUGUCUGAGGUAUUUCCCAUAAACAUAAAGGGUGUAGCUGGAAGCCUUGUGAUUGCAAUAAACUGGACAUGCUCCUGGGUUGUUUCGUAUACAUUCAACUUUAUGAUGGAAUGGAGCUCUUCAGGAACAUUUUUCAUAUACGCUGGAGUUUGUGCUUUGGCUGUUCUGUUCAUUGCAAAGACCUCGGACGGAACCGGGCUUGGAAGGACUACGGGCUUGGAAGGACUACGGGCUUUUUUCAAAUUCGGACCGGGCCGGACUUGUAUAAAAAAAUUAUCGGAAUUCGGCUCGAGGAGUGCGAGCUUGGGCGGGCCGGGCAGGUACCCAGGCGCAUGAACAGGUCUACUAAAUUUCAAUAUCCAUUGCUAUUUUCUCAGGAAAUAAUACUGAAAAGAAGAAACAAAAAACAUACAUACAGACGACGCAGAUAAACACACAUGCAUAGGGAGAGUAAGCGUUACUUUGUUUAAAUCGUAAAUCAUAGUGUUCAAAUAAAAAAAAAAACAAAAUGAAUAAGAAUUAGUCAAAUUACAAACUU